UGUCACUGUCACCUUACCUUACAGGCCUCAUAAAUCAUUCAGCAGGCCAUUGAAAGUUCUGCAGACUAACUAGCCCACUACUUACCUUGCAGCUCUGUCUACCAACACACACAUCAGGCCAUGUGUACAGCAGAAAGGAGAUCAAGGGAGUGAGGUUGCUGCUGCAUCUUCAUAACUACUUUCUUGGCUAUGACCAAAACAAGGCAGGAAACCAAGAGACUGUUUACAGAUCCUGGAUGAAGAAUUGAAAAUGUCUGUCUGAGUCUGGAAAAGAGCUGGGUUACUAGUGCACCAGUCUUUUACCAGCAGGUGCACAUAUUAACCAUGCUAAAAACAUGCAGACACACGAGUUUCAGGUUUGUGUGGUGGCUGAACGCUGUGCUCCUUACUCUGGUUCACGGAAGCAACUUGAGUCAACAGUUCCAGGAGAGGCUACCCUGCCGGCCAGGUUUUUACUGCCCUUUGGGGAGCUUCACCCCAUUCCCCUGUCCCAAGGGAACCUAUGGGCCAACUGCUGGUGCUAUGUCCAUAGACAGCUGUCUGAAGUGUCCUCCUCACCACUACUGUCCCAGACCAGGUCUGUCUGCCUCCCUGCCCUGUGGCCCUGUGGCUCAGCAGCCUCUGUCUGGUCAGGACACAUGCAUCUGCCUGGGAGAGGGACAGACUUUCCAGACCAGUGAUGGGUUGUGCCUCUGCACCCUCGACUACCAACCCACCAACAACGGAGAUGCGUGUGUUCACAAACUGUAUGCCGUUUGUAGAGAUGGAAAAACACGUACCCAAUAUGGAGACUGUCUGGACAGAUAUCAGUGGUCACUUCACUGCAGGCAGCAGGUGUGUAGAUCUGCAGAGGAUUUCCAGGGUUACGAUGGAGAGUUGGGUCUGUGUGUUUGCAGAGAGCCUCCUGGAAGAGCUGCGUGUGGAGGCCUUUGCAGGAAAAGGACAGCUGCUGAGCUGAAGCUCCACUGCUUGUCCAACAGAGAAAUGGAGCUGGUGUGGAGCAAUGGCAGUCAGGUAAUGGGCGUCUCAGGCAGCAUGCUGGAGACGGUUUUUAAACACUUGGACUCCCAGGGGACUCCUCUGUGCAGCAGCCAUAUCAAUUCCUCACAUGCUGUCUACAUUGUUCAGACAACAGAGACAGGCUUCCUCGGCCUCGUCAGCGGCCUCGCAAAGGAACUUCAGCAACUGUUUCCUGUCAACACACAGCAGGACAUUCAGAGCUUAGCUGAAAGAGAUUCUGACGUUCCGUGGGAGGUCCCUGAAGUUGAAAACAUCAGUCGUGGAGGAAGAGAAGUGAAUUUCAGCCGCAGGAAGGGAAACAAGAGUGAUGUCAAGGAUGAAACAAUCGUAAAUGGAAUUCUGAAUCCCACAGCGUGUCUCCAUUUGGGCGACGUUAUACUGUUCACUGUUGACACACGUCACUAUCCUCAGUAUGAUGUUGACAACUUGUACAACACAAAUAGUGAUUUUGACUGGGGCGCAUUCAGACUGCUAAAAGAAGAGAUGACUCUGUCUUGGACUCCUCCCAUCUUCUUUGCGGUGGUCUUUAGCCAGCCUGGAGUAUAUGUUUUUAGUCUGAGCAGCCAUCAGCACAAACAACUGUAUGUGCGGGUGAUGCCUGCAGGCGGCCAGUGUUAUGAGCCCGGCCCCUUCUUCCCCACCACCCCUCGUCAUGUGACCAGGGUAGGAAUCAGGAGGAGACACAACCUGUUACUGAGGCCAGAUUGGCUGGUGACAGGAGGACUGUUAUUUGGAGCCGUGGUCAUCCUCUGUUUAUGUGUCACAAUGCUGAUUCUUUUCCGUGAAUAUGGAUGGCCUGAGAAGCAGCCAAUCAGAGCGCGGUAUAGGUUGUUGCAGUUGGCCUACCACAUGGACGACUACUCAUCAAAAGGUUCAAGGGUGAUCUCAGUUAAGAAGAUACACCGAAACCAACAAGCUAGAAUGACACAAGACUCCAUUCAGCCAGCCUGUGCAGAUACCUUGGAGGAAUUCUGGGAUUAUGAGCACCAAGUGGAUCUGGAGGCUUUCAGCAGCAACACCUUUUACGGCCUCCUUCUCAAACAGAGUCUGUCUGUCACCACACGGCUGGGGCAGCUUACCACUGAGGCCAGUAGCUCUUAGUUUAAAUGCUAAAACAUACAGUAUGUGAAAAGAUUGGCAUUUAAAUCCUCUUUUCUGUCACACAUACUCUGA